CAUUUCUUUCACUUUUCCUUUCAAAAUCUUUUCAUUUUCAAUUCUUCAAUUUAUUUUUUAUAAAUAUACACAUCCCCCUUUUUCACUGCUUGCAAUAAGAGACAACAACGAAAACUAUAAUGACUAUUGAAACACCAGCCGUGAUUUUAGACAACAAAGAACAGCAACAACAGCAUGAAAGUGGUUUCUUACUAGAGAAAGAUACUGUCAUCACAAAUGAAUCUGUUAUUACUCUACGCUCAAGCCACAGCGGUGCCAGUAGUCGCUAUUCUGAUGAUGCAGAAAGUACUGAUCACGACUCUUUUGAUACAAUUGCAGCCACUGAAGAAUAUUCAUCAACCACAAAAGAUCCAGUAUCACGUCGUCGUGAUCGUGCGCUUACUGUCACACAAGAAUCCCAGCAACAACAGCAACAAUCUGAUACAAUUCAAAAAGAACUUCACGACUUGGAAACGAUGGCAGCAACUGAAGCAGCGUCCAUUGUACCCUCUUCUUCGUCGAGUAUGUUGAAUGACGACGAUGGCAGGGACAUUAACCAUUUGGAAGACGACCAUCAUAGUGAUAUCAGUAGUUCUGAUUAUGAUAAUGAUGAUGUACCCCGUACGAAUAGAAGGCAUGAAGGUCAUCGCUCAACUAUGUCCUCCAUUCAUUCAUUUGUUUCUAGCGCGUCUAAUUAUGACCUCCUCUUAGCCAGGUUGGGCUCACGAGACAAUGCCACCUCUUUAUCUAAUGAUAACAAUAGCUCCACGGACACAGUGGACAAAGUAAUGGUAGCAUCAAAAAUGGACGAUAAAGACGCAGCAACGAGCAGCAUAGAUAGCAUUGCAGAUGAGGAUGAAAUUGACUGGGAAUUUUGGUCAAAACUCAUAUCCAACUUUACGCGUAUUGCGAAAUCAGAUCCAAAGAAUUUAUCUUACAAUGUUCAUAAAGGAAUUCCACCGUCUCUACGCGGUAUGAUUUGGCCUCUAUUUGCAAAGAGUAACAUUGCUGGCAGCUGCAACCUAAAAAAUGGAGGCAAAUUAGAGGAUCAAUAUCUUCAACUGUUGAAAGAAGAGUCAGUAUACGAAAAAGCGAUUAUGCGAGAUCUAGCGAAACUUUCUUCCCUGUCGAAUACAACAUCCUCGUGCGUCAAUACCGAGUCUGGUCAAGACGAAGCAUUGUUCAAUUUAAUCAAAGCGUACUCUCUCUACGAUAAAGAAAUUGGAUAUAGCCAAGGUCUACUCUAUAUAGCAGGGCCUCUAUUAUCGAAUAUGCCCGAAGAAGAAGCUUUUUCUGUUCUGGUGCAGUUGAUGAACAAAUACAAUUUACGCGGCCAAUUUCUUCCGCAGCCUGAACUUUUGCAUACUCGACUCUAUCAAUUGGAGGGCCUUAUCGGUGAUUAUUUACCUCAUGUACAACGGCGCUUGAAGAAUCAUAACAUACAAACAAAUAUGUAUGCACAAUCAUGGUUUGGUACAAUGUUUGCAUGUAAACUUCCCUUAAAUUGUGUAUCCAGAAUCUACGACAUCAUCUUUGCAGAAGGUUUUGAGGCAAUGUUUAAGUUUGCCAUUGCAUUGCUAGAGAAAAAUCAAGCAACUAUUUUAAGCUUUGAAUUCGAUGAAUUGGUGAAUUUUCUGAAGGGUGAUCUAUUCGAAGCUUACAAGGGCGAUGUAAAUCAGUUCAUCAAAGACGCUUGUCAGAUUCACAUUACUCGGAAGCGCCUCGACAGGUUAGCCAAAGCCUAUCAAAUUGAAUCUGCUAAAGUCAAUAAUGAAGCGGAAGCAAUUGAAUCGUUGAAGCGACAAAAUAAAGCAUUGACCGAAUCUAUACGAGAAAUGGAUCACGAAUACAAUAAUCUAAACAAAGAGCAUACUAUAGUCGCGAAAGAACUUAUUACGGCCAAAAUGAAUAUAGCGCGGAUACAUGAUGAGAAUGAAGCUCUAAGACAACAAUGUAAUGAGCUUAAAAAAACACUGGAAACUCUACCUAAAGAAGUUGAAGCAAGAGUGAAGGAAGAAAUCGAAAUCCUGUAUACGAAGAACGCAGCCUUAGUUGAAAGAAAUUCUGCAUUAGAAGAUCAAUUGGCUUAUAUGGAAAACAUGAUCAUUGAUAUCAAAACCAAGUAUUCAGAGAGUGAAAAUGAAAGAAAAGGAUUGAAGGAAAGACUAGUGGAACUAAAACGUUUGAUGGGUUGAUAUCGAAGAGUGCAGAG